CCUCCAACAUGGCGGUGAGUGCACAUUUUCAUGGACGUAAAGAAAGCGCCCGAAGAAAAGAUAAAAAAGAAGAUCGCGAAAAAAACGAAAAAGGAGCCGAAAGAUGCAUCCAAAAAUAUAAUGCGUGAAGUGAAAAUCCGGAAGUUAUGUCUGAAUAUUUGUGUGGGUGAAUCUGGCGAUCGUCUGACGCGUGCUGCCAAGGUCUUGGAACAGCUGACUGGCCAGCAGCCAGUAUUUUCCAAAGCUCGGUAUACCGUACGUUCAUUUGGUAUCCGUCGUAAUGAAAAAAUUGCUGUGCAUUGUACUGUGCGUGGCGCCAAAGCUGAGGAGAUUCUGGAACGUGGCCUAAAGGUACGCGAAUAUGAAUUAAGGAAAGAAAAUUUCUCUGGUACUGGAAACUUCGGUUUCGGCAUUCAAGAACAUAUUGAUUUGGGAAUCAAAUAUGAUCCCAGUAUCGGUAUCUAUGGCUUAGACUUCUACGUUGUACUUGGACGCCCAGGCUUCAACGUUGCACAUAGAAGAAGAAAAACUGGUAAAGUUGGUUUUCAACAUCGUCUUACUAAAGAGGAUGCCAUGAAAUGGUUCCAGCAAAAAUAUGAUGGUAUCAUUAUAGCUGGAAAAAAAUAAUAUACAUUGUAAUAUACAACUUUUCUCAUUAAAAAAAUUUAACAAUAA